AUGGGGGUCUUGAACAACAAUUUCAGUAUGCUCUAUCCUGGUGUCGCCAUCGCAGUGUGUUUCAAGCCGGAUUAUGCCAUCUACAAUUCAAAAACGGCAACCAUUAUUCUCCUAUUCAUGAUGAUCACCUUGUUCAAACUAACAUAUCAACUGCUGCUGUACCCUGCAUUUUUAACCCCAAUCAAAGAGAUUCCUACACCAUCGAAUCGACACUGGCUCACCGGGAACUCGGAGUCGAUCUUUCUCGAAAGUCCGUUCCCACAAAUGCGCGAAUGGAUCAAGGCCAUGCCAGAUGAGCCACUUAUUCGGUACUAUAUUGUUGGUAAUUUGGAGCGAAUUCUCCCGACCAGCACCAAAGCUUUGAGCGAGCUGUUGGUCACCAAAGUAUAUGAUUUUGAGAAACCAUUGACGGUGAGGCAAAGCCUACGCCGAGUGGUCGGAGACGGCAUUUUGCUUGCUGAAGGUGAAGAGCACAAGAUCCAGCGCAAGAACCUCCUACCGGCGUUUGCCUUCCGCCAUAUCAAAGAUCUCUAUCCAGUCUUCUGGGCCAAGAGCGUCGAAAUGAUCACCGUGAUACAGGAAGAUCUUGAGAGCAGGAAAUCUCCAGACGACAACACUAUUCAAGUGCGAAACUGGGCAAGUCGUGCCACGUUGGAUAUUAUCGGCGUCGCUGGCAUGGACCAUGAUUUUGAUUCGCUCAGCAACCCUUCCAACAAACUCAAUCAAUCUUACCAAAAGAUCUUCACUUCACCAAGCCUUCUGACCAAGCUACUUUUUCUUCUAGGAAUGCUUCUUGGAAAUAUUAGCGUCAUCCAAAAGUUACCCACCCAACGGAACAAAAACUUGACUGAGGGCAGUCAAGUUAUUCGCGAUGUUGCGCGACAAAUGAUUCAACAGAAGAAAUCCAAGAUGAAGGACCCAAACGCAAUGACUGGCGUCGACAUUAUUUCCGUGGCAAUCCAGAAUGGCGUAUUUGAUGAAGAGAAUCUAGUUGAUCAGUUGAUGACCUUCCUGGGCGCCGGCCACGAGACGACAGCCUCUGCCAUGCAGUGGGCAGUGUAUGCUCUCUCCAAGAAUCCCGACAUUCAGAAAAGACUGCGCGAGGAAAUUCGUGCCAAUCUCCCUUCACCGGCAGACGAUAACUCAGGACCUAUGUAUGCUGCCACAAUCGACCAGCUUCCCUAUCUGCACGCUGUUUGCAACGAGAUCCUCCGUUUUCAUCCCUCUGUUCCGGCUACCAUCCGGACUGCUGUCAGAGACACAACCCUAGCAGGAAAACCCAUUCCCAAAGGCACAUUCCUCAUUCUUGCCCCAGAGGUCAUAAACAAAUUAAAGAGCUUAUGGGGGCCAGAUGCGGACAAAUUCAACCCAGAUCGAUUCAUGGGCGAGGGCAAGGCAAACACGGGUGGUGCAACAAAUAACUAUGCUUUCUUGACUUUCCUUCAUGGUCCACGCAGCUGUAUUGGCCAGGGAUUUGCCAAAGCAGAGCUAGCUUGUCUGCUUGCUGCGACAGUGGGUCGAUUCCACAUGGAAUUGAAAUAUCCUGACCAAAAAUUAGAGGUUCGAGAGGGGGCUACUGUGGCGCCAAAGGAUGGUGUGUUGGCCAAGUUCACUCCUUUGCCAGGCUGGUAG